AUCAAUACCAACGACACUGUUUACUUUCCACCACAUCCACAGCAGACAAACCUCGCCCCGUGUGUAGAGCAGCGUUUUUUAAAUUUCUUUCGGACUUUAUGAAGAUUUGAUCAGUCAUGGAUGGAGAUGUGCUAUCUUUGUCUUCUACCUCAUCAUUAUCAUCAUCCUCAGCAGCAGCAGCGGCAGAAACACAGAAAGAUACUUCACCAAAGAGCGACAGCGGCCUCUCUCAGAGCCAACAAGAACACAAAUCAACUGAAGAGUUAUGGACCGAGGAUGUGAGUCCCGUGGGUGGCAGCAGGCUGCUGUCCACCGAGGAGCAGGUCACUCUGAUCACUGAGAGUAUGACUGUCACCUCCACUGACCAGGAGAAACUGCUGCUGCUCAACAAGAACACAGAGCUCCGCAGAGUCAACAAAGAGCUGAUGAAGCUGAACGAGGACUGGGACCAGGUGUACCGCAGUGCCACGCUGGGUCUCCAGCACCGACUGGAGGCGUUGGAGCUGGAGAACACAGCCAUCAAACAGCUCAACGGCAGACUGCUGCUCAAAGUAGAGCAUCAGCAGAGUGCAAAGGAGUAUUAUGAGCAUGCGUUGAUGCAAGAGCUGAAGAAGAACCAGGACCUGCAUGAAUACAUCAGACUGGUGGAAAGCAGGAUGCACCACCCAGACAGAGAUUGCACACUUGCUAAACAGGGCAGCUUCAGUGCUUUGAUACGCGGCCCUGCGUCAGGCCCCGCCACUAAUCCUCCAGUUGGUCCCGACCUGUCACCCAGUCACGUCUCUGGAUACAACCCCUCAUCCUCCUUCUUCCCAGCUUCUUCCGAGCGGCAGGGGAAAAGCCAGAGAAGUAGUGCCCCACUGGGAGCACUGGGAGACUCCCAUCAAGAAGUGCAGGAUCUAAAAACGCAGCUGGAGGCACUGCAAUGUCAGACCCAGAUUUAUGAAGCAGAAUAUCAGACGGAGCACAACGACCACAAACACACGCAGCAGGAGAACCGGAGGCUGAGGAAGAAGAGGGAGGAGACGCACCAACAGGUGGCAUUACUGCAAGAGCAGCUCAAGGUUUAUGAGGAUGACUUCCGACGGGAGCGGUCUGACAAACAGAUGCUGCAGCGGCUGUUGUUGAAGAAAACGUCUCCAAACAAGGACCCCGUGCUUAUCCAUCGCUGCAAUAAUGAGCAGCAGCCUCCAGGGGGAGACAAGAGAACACAAAGUGGAGAGAAGAGAAAGCAGCACCACCCACUCUGCCCCAAGCAUGCAAACAGAGACAAAGAGUCAAGCUGAGGGUCUGAGAAAAACAAACAUCAUCAUGCACAGUAAAUUAAGUUUAAAAUGUACCAGUUUCAACUGGAUACAAUUUUUUGUACUCCAUUUGUAGUUGUCCUUCACACUCACUGACAAGACAAAUUAAUGUUAAUGUUUAUGGAAAUAGUGCAACAUGAGCAAAUGUGGGGUCAAAUGAAUUGUUUGCUCUUUUAGGGUUCUGCUUGCUACCAUUAUUAAUAAUAAAAGGUUACAGUUAAAUUGUAGAUUAUAAUCUAUAGUGUGUUUCUGUUUAAUAAUUACCAUAACAGAAACAGUUGCCAAGUUUGAUGCCUAUAUAUAAUUAAUAUAUCAUAUAUGUCCUUCCUAAUAUAUGUCUUUUCAACAUACGGUACCUCUUUAUCUAUAGUUAUUUUUUGUUUUUUUUUACUCUGACUUUGAUUGCUAUCAAAGCCAUUUAAGAAAGCUAUAAAUAAAGUCAAAAUAAUAAAAAAUAAAUAAUAAGAACUGUCA